AUGUUGCCAUUCUAUUACUUUGACCAGCAAAAAAAAAAGACUUUGUAUUUGGGGUCUUUUCCUACUCAGACCAAAGUGGGUGACAAGUACUUCUCGGGCCCAGCCAUCACCAUGGAGAACACUCGCGUGGUCAGCCAAACCCUGCAGCACUACCUGGAGUCAGCCCGGGUAAGUCCCACCCACCUGGCAGGGCUCUACAGUGCGACCAUUUUACUUGCAUAUGUGCCUAAAUAUUUUGCUUUGCGACCUGGAAUCUUUUAUUUAGGAGCACCAGUGCCCCGAGAAAAAGUUCAGGAUUCUAGCUUUAUUAACUCAAAUAUUUUUCAUUGUGCUCCUAAGUUUCCUUGUGAGCCUACAUUUUUCAACUUGGGCGCACAUAAGCUCCUUGUAAAAAAAGGUCAGCGUAGAGCCCUGCCUGGGUCUAUUAUGACUUUUCCUUUGCCCAAGUAUACUUCCUUCAAGUUGGUAUGACAUAAUACUUUUUUAUAUGUUUCUUUGUCAGGGUGACUUGUUUAAAAUCCUCCACAACAUCCUACUGAACGGAGAGACAAGAGAGGUAGCGCUCAACUACAUGGCAGCUCUGGUCAACCGCAAUGUGAAGAAAGCCCAGAUGCAGGUAAAAGACGUAAAGCUUAGUGAUCCUAGCCUAUUUUGAUUUAAUCUAUGAAACAUCUGUAUUGAGGGUUUCUAAUGUGACCAUCAUUUCAAGCUAGAAUGUCUGGCCCCAAAGUCUGGAGAGACCCACUGCUAUUCUAGCACCCCCCCCAGUUGUUCACUGUCCUAUCGGAAACAAAUACAAAUAUAUAUGAAUAACAAUAAAACAAAUAAGGGAAUCAUUGAGCGGUACUUUAUUUCAUAUUAAUUAUCUUCCCCUCCUCCUCCCACCUCCUCCUCCCCUCUCGCAGACGGACGACAAGCUGGUGUCCACGGACGGCUUCAUGAUUAACUUCCUGUCGGUGCUGCAACAGCUGAGCAUGAAGAUCAAGCUGGAGACUGUAGACCCCUACUACAUUUUCCACCCCCGCUGCCGCCUGCAGGUCAGCCGUGAGGAGACCCGGCUCAAGGCCACAAUGGAGGAGCUCAAUACCUGGCUGGCUGAGAUGCGUGAGUGGACACCCAUAGAUAAUAUAACA